UCAAAUCUGGCCAUGGAGGAGCUCGAACAGAAAGUACUUUACGAAACUCGUCGCCACGCCUCGAGACCAUUCCGUCCCAACUAUCCUCCUCACCAGGCGAUCGUGGGUUCCAAAUGGAGCUUCCUUUCUCUGUUUCGCAUUGGAGGUAGACUCAGGAAUAAAUGGAUUGGAUAUAACCAACCGCAGAGAAUAGAAAGAUCGGUAUCAUUAUUUAUUUCUUCAAGCGGGGAACGUGUGGCAGUGGCUGCUGGAAAUCAGAUAACGAUAUUGAGGAAGAAAGAUGACUACUUGGACUCAUUUGGCAUUUUUUUGGACACCAAUGUUGCUUCAUUCACUAUGGGAGCAUGGUCUGAAAGUUGCAAUGUUCUUGGAGUCGUUGAUGAUACCAAUACAAUAUAUUUUAUCAAAUCAAACGGUGAAGAGAUAUCAAUUAUCCAAUACUAUGGGAGCAUGAUCUUACUUGUGUACCUUCAUCAUUGUUGCAUCAGAUGGUUCUAUUUGGCAAAUGGAGAUCAGUAAAGAGCCAACUAUAUCUUUUCCCUCAACUAACUCGAACAGUGUAUCUAAUCGACCCUUACGAAUAUUGCUUGAAUAAUC